AUGGCGGGGCCCUGCGCAGACGCCAGAUUUGGCCGCUGUGCCCGGCCUGGGGGAGCCGGGAGUCCCCAGCCGGGUGCUGGCACCCUGAGAAAGGAUUCCCGAGGGAUCGUCGCCCACCCGAUCCGGCCCAAGCCUCCGUCUGCCACAAGCAUCCCAGCCAUCCUGAAAGCCCUCCAGGAUGAGUGGGUAAGCGCCGGGUCACGGCUGGGAACGGAGCUGAGGGCCGGACGCAGCGAGCUGUCCCAGGCGCUUUCCCAGCACGUUGCCGCCUGCCGAGUCAUCGCUCGGCUCACCAAGGAGGUCACCGCCGCCAGAGAAGCUUUGGCGACUCUGAAGCCACAGGCUGGCCUCAUCGUGCCCCAAACGGUGCCGUCCUCCCAGCCGAACGUGGCGGGAGCUGGGGAGUCCAUGGAUCUGGGAGAGCUCGCAGGCAUGACCCCCGAGAUCAUCCAGAAGCUUCAAGACAAGGCUACGGUGCUCACCACGGAGCGUAAGAAGAGAGGCAAGACUGUUCCAGAGGAGCUGGUGAAGCCGGAGGAACUCAGCAAGUACCGGCAGGUCGCCUCGCACGUGGGGCUGCACAGUGCCAGCAUUCCAGGGAUCCUUGCUUUGGACCUCUGUCCUUCCGACACCAACAAGAUCCUGACCGGCGGGGCUGAUAAAAACGUCAUCGUCUUCGAUAAGAGCUCGGAGCAGAUCCUGGCGACGCUCAAGGGGCACUCCAAGAAGGUUACCAGUGUCGUUUUCCACCCGUCUCAGGACUUGGUCUUCUCAGCUUCUCCCGAUGCUACUAUCCGCAUCUGGUCUGUGCCCAACGCUUCGUGCGUCCAGGUUGUCCGUGCCCAUGAGGGCUCCGUGACGGGGCUGAGCCUUCACGCCACAGGCGACUACCUCCUCAGCUCUUCUGAUGACCAGUACUGGGCUUUCUCGGAUAUCCAGACAGGCCGCGUCCUCACCAAGGUGACGGAUGAGAGCUCUGGCUGCGCUCUCACUUGUGCCCAAUUCCACCCGGACGGGCUCAUUUUUGGAACAGGGACGAUGGACUCUCAGAUCAAGAUCUGGGAUCUGAAGGAACGCACCAACGUGGCUAACUUCCCGGGACAUUCGGGCCCCAUCACCAGCAUCGCCUUCUCCGAGAACGGCUACUACCUGGCCACGGCAGCGGACGACUCCUCUGUUAAGCUCUGGGACUUGCGUAAGCUCAAGAACUUCAAGACGUUGCAGCUGGACAAUAACUUUGAGGUGAAGUCUCUCAUUUUUGACCAGAGCGGUACCUACCUGGCUCUGGGCGGGACGGACGUCCAGAUCUACAUUUGCAAGCAGUGGACGGAAAUUCAAAAAAAUCACAG